AUGGUGGUAACUGCUGCUUGCUGUAUUAUAGGCGAUGAAAUACUAUCAGGCAAAACAAAAGACACAAACUCGCAUUACCUAGCGACUAUGCUGUUUGGCUUGGGCAUUGAGCUCAAAACCAUCCAAGUGGUAGGCGAUGAAACACACGACAUUGUUAGAUCCGUCAGAGAUCUGUCGAGCCAAUAUGAUAUUGUAUUUACCAGUGGCGGUAUUGGACCUACACAUGACGACAUCACGUACGAGUCCAUAGCAGCAGCAUUCCGAUUAGACAUGAAGGUGGAUCAAGAGACAUACGAUUAUAUACAAAAGCAACUGACAAAGCGAAAUCCAAAUACAGUCAUGACUAAAUUUCAUGCAAGAAUGGCUACAUUUCCUCAUCCUGCUACUCUUUUGCGAGAGCUACCCAACAUCAAGGUCCCUAUUGUUGUAGUGCAUGACAAUGUCUACAUUUUACCAGGCAUACCCAGCCUGUUUAAGCUAUUGCUCAACUCGCUCAAACCAAAACUACAAGCCAUGUCGCAGUCAACUGGCUUUCAUAGACGGGAAAUAGCAACAGCGUUGCCUGAGGUCAGCAUUGCUAGCAUUCUAUCCGAUCUGCAUACGCAAGAUGUUAAAAUUGGAAGCUAUCCAAUGUGGAACAAUGACAAGAUCAAGGUCAUUGUUACUGUAUCAGGUCAAGAUGAAAGCAAAGUCAACGCUACUGCAGACAAACUCACUGACGCUAUCCAUGGCUGGCCAUAUACAUCGACACCAAAAAGCCAUCUGUAG